AUGUCAGCUGAUUGCAAUCGAAUCCCACAUGGCACCAUUGAAAGUGUGACCCGUCGAGUUCUCAUUCCCAUCGAACAAACACAACAAUCCAGUCAAACAGUCGAAUGGUAUUUCAAAAAUCUCAUGCAACCAAACGACCAACUGAUCUUCGUGCAUAUCACAGAGCCAAGGAUGAACAAUGCACUACUGGGUUUACGGAUGCCCAACUCGCCCGUUCUCGUGGGAACACAGAUUCCAUUCUCUAGUAAAUUGUUGAAUGAUGCGAAAACACUGUGUGGUGAUUAUGUGCAUCGGGCCAUGUCGGUUCACGGGAUCACAGCUCGUGGAUUUGUGUACGUGGAUAGUAAGCCGCAUUGUAAAUUGAUUCGUGUGAUCCAAUCGCACAAUGCGGAUCUGGUGUUGCUUCCGAAUGGGGAUAGACGACACUCGUUGUUGGACAGACGGGAGCGGAAACGCAGUUCCAAUUCACUGACAAUGGUUGUCACACACAUGUCCGACUGA